UGGGAGAGAGGAGAGUUGAAUGCGCGAAAGCAGAGGGAAGAAGAAGAAGGUGGCGAAGUUACAGGAGGAGGUGUUGAACAAUGGCGCGUCCUUUCCAACAACCAUUCGAUCCUCAUUCCACUUCUCACUUCGACCUCCACCUCCACCACCUUCACCACCUUCACCUCACGCACUCUUCCAUCUUCUCCUUCCUUCUCCUCACGCCUCAACCACGCCAUCGCCAUUCCCUUCUAUACUUCUCUUUAUGCGUCCUAAGCUCUCCGACACUCCCCGCUUUGCACCUCAAUAAUGGGGACUCCAGUGAAUAUUUCUGUGGGUUCUCAUGUCUGGGUUGAAGAUCCAGAUGUAUCUUGGAUUGAUGGACAGGUAUCAAAUAUCAAGGGAAAGGAUGCUGAAAUUGAUACAACCAAUGGAAAGAAGGUGGUCACAAAGUUAUCAAAACUAUAUCCCAAAGAUAUGGAAGCUCCUGCAGGUGGAGUGGAUGAUAUGACUAAGCUUUCAUAUUUGCAUGAGCCCGGAGUCCUGCAGAACUUAAAAAUUAGAUAUGAAUUGAAUGAAAUAUAUACAUAUACUGGUAAUAUUCUGAUUGCAAUAAAUCCAUUCCAAAGGCUACCUCAUAUUUAUGAUUCCCACAUGAUGCUACAAUACAAGGGAGCACCAUUUGGAGAGUUAAGUCCUCAUGUAUUUGCCAUUGCUGAUGUUGCAUAUAGGGCAAUGAUUCACGAAGGAAAAAGCAAUUCAAUUUUGGUCAGUGGGGAAAGUGGAGCUGGUAAAACUGAAACUACAAAAAUGCUUAUGAGAUAUCUUGCCUUCUUAGGUGGUAGGGCUGCCACUGAAGGUCGAACUGUUGAGCAACAAGUUCUUGAAUCAAAUCCAGUUCUGGAAGCAUUUGGCAAUGCUAAAACUGUCAGGAAUAACAAUUCCAGUCGUUUUGGUAAAUUUGUUGAGAUCCAAUUUGACAAGAGUGGUAGAAUCUCGGGAGCAGCCAUUCGAACAUACCUUCUGGAGAGAUCUCGGGUCUGCCAGAUUAAUGAUCCUGAACGCAACUAUCACUGCUUUUAUUUUCUUUGUGCUGCACCACAGGAGGAAAUUGAUAAAUACAAAUUAGGAAGUCCUGCAACGUUUCAUUACCUUAACCAGUCAAAAUGCUAUGACCUGGCUGAUAUAAGUGAUGCUCGCGAGUAUCUUGCUACCAGGAGAGCUAUGGAUAUUGUUGGAAUAAGCCAAAAGGAGCAGGAAGCAAUUUUCAGAGUUGUUGCUGCGAUUCUUCAUAUUGGGAAUAUUGAGUUUGCAAAAGGCAAGGAUGUUGAUUCAUCAGUUCCAAAAGAUGAUAAAGCCAAGUUCCACUUAAAAACAACUGCCGAGCUUCUUAUGUGCGAUGCUGGUUCCUUGGAAGAUGCAUUAUGUAAGCGUGUCAUGAUCACCCCUGAGGAAGUUAUAAAACGAAGCCUUGAUCCCCAAAGUGCAGCAGUCAGCAGAGAUGGCUUGGCAAAAACAAUUUAUUCUAGGCUCUUUGACUGGUUGGUGAACAAGAUUAAUAAUUCAAUUGGACAGGACGCCAGUUCUAAAUCUUUGAUUGGGGUGCUUGAUAUCUAUGGUUUUGAAAGCUUUAAAUCUAACAGUUUUGAGCAGUUCUGCAUUAAUUUCACAAAUGAGAAGCUGCAGCAACAUUUCAAUCAGCACGUGUUUAAGAUGGAGCAAGAAGAAUACACGAAGGAGCAGAUCAAUUGGAGCUACAUUGAAUUUGUUGACAACCAAGAUGUCUUGGACCUUAUUGAAAAGAAACCUGGAGGAGUAAUUGCACUCCUUGAUGAGGCUUGUAUGUUUCCAAAGUCCACACAUGAAACAUUUUCAAACAAACUUUAUCAAACAUUUAAGACUCACAAACGCUUUAUUAAGCCAAAAUUAUCUCGAACAGAUUUCAUUAUUUCUCAUUAUGCUGGCGAGGUGCACUACCAGUCUGAUCAGUUUUUAGACAAAAACAAAGAUUAUGUGGUUGCUGAGCAUCAAGAUUUAUUGAGUGCUUCCAAUUGUCCAUUUGUAGCAGGCCUUUUUCCUCCACUUCCAGAGGAGACAUCUAAAUCCUCUAAAUUUUCUUCAAUUGGUUCUCGAUUUAAGCUGCAACUACAGCAAUUAAUGGAAACACUAAGCUCUACAGAGCCUCAUUACGUUAGAUGUGUGAAACCAAACAACCUCCUCAAGCCUGCAAUUUUUGAGAAUUCCAAUGUCAUGCAGCAACUUCGCUGUGGUGGUGUUUUAGAGGCAAUCAGAAUCAGUUGUGCUGGCUACCCUACCCGCCGCGCUUUCUUUGAAUUUAUAAACCGAUUUUCCCUUCUUGCUCCAGAGAUCACAGAAGCACAUCAUGAUGAGAAGACUGUUUGCCAAAAGAUUUUGGAAAAAGCAGGGCUUAAAGGAUAUCAGAUUGGACAAACAAAGGUUUUCCUAAGAGCAGGCCAGAUGGCUGAACUAGAUGCACGGAGAGCUCAAAUGCUUGGUACCGCAGCAAAAACUAUUCAACGGCGUAUACGAACCCAUCAAGCUCGUAAACAUUAUCUUGCACUACGCAAGAACACUACAAUUCUGCAGUCUCUUUGGAGAGGAAGACUUGCAUUCAAAUUCUAUAACAAAUUGAGGAAGGAUGCAGCUGCAGUGAAAAUUCAGAAGAAUAUACGUAGAUAUCAAUCUAUGAAAUCCUAUACUAAACUCAAAGCAUCAGUACUUUCUGUGCAAACGGCUUUAAGGGCAAUUGCUUCCCUCAAGGAGUUCAGAUUUAGGAAACAGGCUAAGGCUUCCAUCAUUAUUCAGGCUCAGUGGCGGUGCCACAAAGCUGCUUCAUAUUAUAAGAAGCUCAAGAAAGUUUCAAUUGUCACACAAUGCCGAUGGAGGGGUCACAUGGCCAGGAGAGAACUUAGGAAACUGAAAAUGGCUGCAAGAGAAACCGGUGCACUUAAAGAGGCGAAGGACAAACUUGAAAAAAGAGUGGAGGAACUCACUUGGCGUCUUCAACUAGAGAAAAGUUUAAGGAGCAACCUAGAAGAAUCCAAAGCACAAGAGAUAGCAAAACUGCAGAAUUCACUGCAGGAGUUGCAGAACAAAGCUGAUGAAACCAAUGCAUUGCUUAUAAAGGAGCGAGAGGCUGCAAAGAAAGCUAUUGAAGAAGCACCCCCUGUUGUUCAAGAAACACAGGUUAUUGUUGAAGACACCGAGAAGAUUGAAUCACUAACAGUGGAAAUUGAGAAUCUAAAGACCUCCCUUGAGUCAGAGAAACAGAAAGCUGAUGACUUUGAAAUGAAAUAUAAAGAGUCCCAAGCUUAUUGUGAAGAAAAGAGUAAAUUAUUGGAAGACACAGAGAAGAAGGUUCGUCAGCUACAAGAAUCCUUGACCAGGCUAGAAGAGAAAGUUGCUAAUUCAGAAUCAGAAAAUCAAGUUCUACGUCAACAAGCUGUGUCGAUGACACCCAAUAAGUUCCUCUCAGGACGCUCUAGAUCAGUUAUACAGCGACCAGAUGGCGGACAUAUUGGAACGGAAGCAAAGUCAACUUUGGAUAUGCAUAGCACAUCAAUGAACCAUAGGGAACAUCCUGAAGUGGAGGAUAAACCACAGAAGUCACUUAAUGAGAAACAACAGGAGAAUCAAGAGUUACUCAUUAGAUGCAUACAACAAAACCUGGGGUUUUCUGGGAACAGACCAGUUGCUACUUGUAUCGUUUACAAAUGCCUCUUGCAUUGGAGAUCAUUUGAAGUGGACCGUACUAGCGUUUUUGAUCGUCUAAUCCAAACAAUUGGUCACGCAGUUGAGACGCAGGAUAAUAAUGAGGUCUUGGCUUAUUGGUUAUCCAAUGCCUCUACACUUGUCUUGUUACUACAGCGCACACUAAAGGCAAGUGGUGCAGCUGGAAUGGCUCCUCAACGUCGUCGAUCUUCAUCAGGGAGUCUGUUCGGGAGGGUGACACAUAGUUUCCGUGGAACUCCAGCAGGAGUCACUCUUCCCCUAAUCAAUGGUAGCAUGAGCGGUGUAGAUACGUUAAAAGUUGAAGCCAAGUACCCUGCUCUUCUUUUCAAACAGCAGCUUACAGCUUAUGUGGAAAAGAUAUAUGGAAUGAUUCGAGAUAACUUGAAGAAAGAAAUUUCUCCCUUGCUUGGAUUAUGCAUCCAGGCACCUAGAACAUCCAGAGCGAGCUUGGUGAAGGGAUCAUCACGUUCAGUUGCAAACACUGAAGCCCAGAAAGCUUUGAUUGCUCACUGGCAGGGGAUAGUUAAGAGCCUUGGGAACUUCUUGACUACUUUGAAAGCAAAUCAUGUUCCCCCAUAUUUGGUUCGUAAGGUGUUCACUCAAAUUUUUUCUUUCAUCAACGUCCAACUUUUUAACAGUCUUCUUCUAAGACGGGAGUGCUGCUCAUUUAGUAAUGGAGAAUAUGUGAGAUCUGGUUUGAGUGAAUUGGAGGAUUGGUGCUGUAGCGCCACAGAUGAGUACUGUGGUUCGGCAUGGGAUGAGCUCAGACAUAUAAGACAGGCUAUUGGAUUUUUGGUCAUACAUCAGAAACCAAGGAAAACGCUGCAAGAAAUAAGUCAUGACCUGUGCCCAGUCCUCAGCAUACAGCAGCUAUAUCGGAUAGGCACCAUGUACUGGGAUGACAAAUAUGGCACACAUAGCGUAUCCCCUGAUGUUAUAUCCAAUAUGAGAGUGUUGAUGACUGAAGAUUCUAAUAAUGCAGUCAGUAAUUCUUUCCUGUUGGAUGAUGAUUCAAGCAUUCCGUUUUCUGUCGAUGAUUUGGCGAAGUCGAAGGAACUGAUAGAUGUCUCUGAUUUAGACCCCCCACAACUAUUACGUGAAAACACUGGCUUUAGUUUUCUCUUGCCACGCCCUGACGGACAGAUUUCGUAGCAGAAUUCACCCAAUGCCACUCACCAUUGUCCAGACAUUAAAUCAUUUUUAGUUAGGUUUUAUAACGGGGAAACUGAUUUUUUUUCUGCAUUGAUUUCCACAAAGAAUAUUGUAUUCAUUAGAAAUUUACCUUUCUUUGAGAAGGGGAUGUCAUAGUAGACCUAGCUUUUUGGGUGGGAGUCAAAAGGAUACAAGUCCUUUUCCCUACAAAUUUCCCCGUCCUUUUUCUCCACAUUUGUCACUCAUUGGUACCUUCUUUUUCAUAGGAUGAUAAGAUUUUGUACCUAGAAAGAUAGGAAUUUCACCAAUACCUCUAUCAACAAAAGACAUUGUUCAUGGA